AUGGCGACACAGCGAGAUGCAGCUGUUUCGGCCCCGGAGUCUAAAGAGGCUUCUUCGGUCGAUGCCCCGGAUGCGCCCACGGAAAAGAGCCCGCCACAGUUCAAGAAGGGCCCCAGGUUCUUUGCCAUCCUGUUCGUCCUCGCCCUCGCCAGCCUCCUCACGUCCUUGGAAGCCACGGUUACUUCGACCGUCAUGCCAUCCAUCGUGGCCGAUUUGGUCGGAGGCGAAGAUUACAUCUGGAUUUCUAACGCCUACUUCUUGACCAUGACUGCGCUUCUGCCCAUGUUUGGUCAGCUGGCAAACGUAUUUGGCCGCCGGUGGCCUAUGAUCAUAUCUGUGGCCUUCUUCAUGAUUGGGAGCGGUGUCUGUGGCGGAGCUAAAAACAUGGCCGCCAUGAUCGGUGGCCGAGCGGUCCAGGGGGUUGGAGGUUCGGGCAUCGGCGUCCUUUGCGAGAUGAUCAUCUGCGACCUGGUGCCGCUCCGCGAGAGAGGCACCUACUUGGGCAUGGUGCUUGGCAUGGUCGGUUUGGGAGCCGCUCUCGGCCCCCUUUUUGGCGGACUCUUCGUCACCUACAGCACCUGGCGCUGGGCCUUUUACCUCAGUCUUCCCAUUGGCGGUCUCUCGCUGGUGCUGCUGUAUGCCUUCUUGCACGUCAAGUAUGACAAGUCGAAGACGUUGGCCACCAAGCUGUCGAGCCUCGACUGGCUAGGCAACGCCGUCUUCAUCGGCGGCACCACCCCGGUGCUGAUUGCCCUCAGCUGGGCGGGCGGCAAAUACCCGUGGUCUUCUUGGCACGUACUCGUGCCGCUCAUCGUCGGCCUGGCCGCGAUGGGAGUCUUCAUCGUGCUCCAGGGCAACUCGCGCAUCACGCCAAACCCCAUCAUGCCGCUCCACCUCUUUGGCCAUUCCAUCACUGCCAUUGUCUUCCUCCUCACCUUUCUUCACGGCGUCGUCACCAUGUGGGCCUACUUCUUCCUCCCGGUCUACUUCCAGGGCGUUCUCGACGCCACCCCUUACCGAUCUGGUAUCAUGCUCCUCCCGACCAUCCUCGCGCUCCUCCCAGCUGCCAUCCUCGGCGGCGUGCUGCUCAGCAAGUUCGGCCGCUACAAGCCCAUCCUCGCCGCCUCCUUCGCGCUGAUCACCGUCGGCUUCGGCCUCUUCUCGAUCCUGGACGAGAACUCGAGCACCGGCGCCUGGGCGGGCUUCCAGGUCGUCGAAUCCUUCGGCGCGGGCCUCGCCCUGGCGGCCCUGCUCCCGGCCCUCCUCGCCCCGCUGACGGACAAGGACACGGCGCUGGCGACGAGCGCGUGGGCCUUCAUGCGCAGCUUCGGCGUCAUGUGGGGCGUCGCCAUCGCCGGCACCGUCUACAGCAACCGCGCCUCGCAGCUGGCCGGCUCGGGCGCCAUCAGCAGCGACGCGGGCGUGGCCGACCGCUUCAGGCACGGCGGGGCGUACGCGGCGGCCGAGCAUCACUUUCUCGAGUCGCUCUCGUCGCGGACGCGGGCCGAGGUGAUCGCUGUGCAGAGCACCGCUCUCGAGCGGUCCUGGCAGGUUGCCAUCGGCUUCGGCGCGGCCGGGUUCAUCGCUGCGGCCGUGAUGAAGCAGAUAGCGCUCAGAAAGGAGAACGACACCGAGUUUGGCAUGGCGGAGAAGGAGGACAAGCCUACCGAGGAGGAGGGCCGAAAGGCAUCGUCGUAG